GACAAUCAGCUGUUGUGUUGCCUUUCGCGAGGAAAGACGUGAUAAAGGUUAAAUGUUAAUAACUCGCAAUAACAAUGUCGAGGACAUACAAAAUAAUACAUUAAUUAAAUGUGACUAUAUUCUGUGACUGAAAACAGUGUUUGGUGCAUAAUGUGUGUUUUUUAGUAUUUUUACUAAUUAAUUCGUGUAAUAAAGGUGUUCAAAUAUACUGCCUAGGUAAACAAAAUUAUUGCAAAAAAUAUUUAAUCAAAAAAAGAUUAAUACUGAUUUUUACAAAAUAGUUUCUACACAAGGAUUUAUGUGACAAUGUUCUGUGCGUGAAAGUGAGUGACAAAUUAAAAAGUUACAAAAUGCGUAACGGCGGGAACGACAAAUCGUCGGAUUGGGAGAGCGAGAAGCUUAAUCCAAAUGGAUGGAGCCAGCCGCGUCCGAGCCAGCAAUUCAACGUGAUAAGGCGUGUGUACCAGCAAGAGACCCUCAACAAGGACGCAGACUACCAAGUGCCAGAUAGACCUUUGAGACAUCACGUCAAAAAAGCAGUGAAGAGUUGCGGCAUCGGCGACUGUCUUCGGAACUCUCUGCCGAUCGUACGAUGGCUCCCCAAAUACAACGUGAAGCAGUACAUGGUGGGCGACCUGGUGGCCGGCGCCACCACCGCCGUCAUGCAUAUACCUCAGGGUAUGGCGUACGCGUUAUUAGCAGAAGUGCCUCCUAUAGUAGGAUUGUACAUGGCGUUCUUCCCGGUCCUCAUCUACGUGAUAUUCGGCACCUCGCCCCAUAUAUCCAUGGGGACUUUUGCCGUGGCUUGCCUGAUGGCUGGAAAGGUGGUGACACAUCACGCGACACAUUUCGAAGCGAACCUCAACAUUACUAAUGGAACAGUUCCAAUUCUACAAGAAGGCGAGUACGCGCCGCUGCAAGUGGUCAGUAUAGUGUGUCUCGCCGUCGGCAUGUUUCAGGUAUUAAUGUGGGUGCUCCGUCUAGGCGCAGUAUCCACACUCCUCUCAGAGCCGCUGGUAUCCGGGUUCACAACCGCCGCAUCGUUCAACGUGCUGGCGUCGCAACUGAAGGACCUCUUCGGAGUCAAAGUGCCCAAGUCUUCGGGCAAUUAUAAAGUGCCUCUUACAGUGGUGGAAGUGUGCCUGAACCUGCCGAACUUGAACUGGGCCGCGUUCAUCAUAUCAUUCAUCACGUGUCUCAUCAUAGCGCUGAACAACGAACUGCUAAAGCCGUGGGUGAGCAAGCGCAGCCGCGUGCCGGUGCCCAUCGAGCUGCUGGCCAUCGUGCUGGGCACGCUCGCCUCGCGCUACGGCCUGCUGCACGAACGCUUCGGCAUCUCGCUCGUCGGCGACAUACCCACCGGCUUGCCAGUCCCGCAAGUGCCGCCGCUAGAGCUGCUCCCCGACGUGGCGCUGGACGCGUUCACCAUCACCAUGGUCACCUACACCAUCUCCAUGUCGAUGGCGCUCAUCUUCGCGUCUAAAGAGAAGUAUGAGAUAGAUGCCAACCAAGAACUAUUGGCCCUCGGUUCGAGCAACGUGUUCGCGUCGUUCUUCUGUUGCGCUCCGUUCUGCGCCAGCCUGUCGCGUUCCUACAUACAAUACCAGGCGGGCAGUAAGACGGGCGCGACGUCGGUGGUGAGCGCGGGCCUGGUGCUGUGCGUGCUGCUGUGGGUGGGGCCGUUCUUCGAGCGCCUGCCGCGCUGCGUGCUCGCCGCCAUCAUCGUCGUCUCGCUCAAGGGCAUGUUUAUGCAGAUGGCAGAGCUCCGCAAAUUCUGGAAGCUGAGCAAGUUAGACGCGAUGGUGUGGCUCAUAACGUUCUUGGUGACACUGCUCGUCAACAUCGACAUUGGGCUCGGUGCUGGUCUAAUAGCAAGCGUGGGCGCUCUUUUCUGCCGCUCGCAGAAGCCCUACACGUGUCUGCUGGGAAGGGUCCUCGACACAGACCUAUAUCUAGACACCAAGCGGUAUAGAGCGGCAGAAGAGCUACCAGGUAUCAAAAUAUUCCACUACUGCGGUGGUCUCAACUUUGCGACAAAGAAUCUGUUCCGAGAAACACUCUUCCGCAAGAUCGGGUACCUGAAGCCGGCUGAGUCUUCGCACGACGAGGACAACAAUUUGACCAAAAGUGAAUCUUAUGAGUGGGACCCUACGAUUAGUAAUCGGGUCCAAUGCGUAAUAAUUGACGCGACAGCGUUGUCAUACGUAGACGCUCCAGGCAUCAAGAGCUUGAUAGCCGUUCAGAGAGAACUGGUCAACAGCAGCAUCACUGUGUUACUAGCGGGAGCUAAUGGUCCAGUGCUAGAAAUGAUAGAGAAAUACAACUCGUUAGAAUCAGAUCGACUGCAGUUGGAAACUUUCCCGACGGUACACGACGCCGUGGUGUACUACAACGUGAUAGAGGCGAAGAAACACGCUGUCACCGUGGCAGUCACGGCGUAAUGCAGUAGAAUGUAUGGGAAAGUAACAGUGGUAGUCACGUCGUAGGUGGUAACGUGACACGUUAUGGUGGGGUAGCGUCACCUGGGUGGUCACUUGAACGCUUUACGUGUGGUGCUAAACAUUUUGGUCACAUCUAUUUUUUGCACUAUUUCAAUUAUUUAUUCUGAAAUAUGUAUUCUGAAAUUUUAUGUAACUUGUAGCCAAUGAAAAAAAAUAUAUUAAAAAAAUUACUUUUUUUCCUCUUAUGACAACUUAGUUGGUAACGGCUUUAUAAAACAAGUGCCCAUAAAAUAUACAAGAAUAGUAUAUAAUAAUUUUAGACUACAUCGAACAUUCUAGGACCUAGGUCAUAAAACUAUUACGCUUAGCCAUCAAGGCUAGAAGAUUUAUAUUUUUUAAUUAUUUUCCACGUGUUCCUUGUGUUAACGAACAAUUUAGAGGAAAUAAUGUUUAUUUUAAGUAAAAAAAAAAAAUAUUAAGUUUGAUUCUAAAAAAUCUGUAUUUUAUUUUUAAAUUAUAUUUGAAGUACCUAUUUAUAAAGUGUAAAAAAAACGCUGUCGCCAAAAAAAAUAUUGUAGAGUUUUUUAAAAAAAUCUUUCGUAAAACCUUUGUAACACCUAAAAACACAACUAAAGUACUUAUAUAGAUUGCGUAAGACCCAUUAUUUGUCCUUUUUGGGACAUCUCUAUUUUAUAGAAGGUGCUUAAUUUUCAAUAUAUAUAGAUGGCAAGAUGCAUUUAUAAUCUGAUUAUAUUUCUUUCUGAUUUCCUUAAUCAUUGAAUCUCUGUAAAAUUCUUGCUAUAAUUUUUACUGAAAAUUUUGAAGACUACAUCGUCCAAUAAGAAAUAUAACUCAAAUAAGAA